GCUAUAGCUGUUCGUUGCAAUAAUUUCCUUAUCAUACAUGAUAUGACACGGGUAUUGACGAACGACGAUGGAUUUUGUACGAAAGAGGAAACUGUCUUCGACGGGAAAUCAAUUGGAUCCAUGCUCAAAACAGAAAAUCAAAUCUCUCUUUGACAAGAAGUUUAGAUACGGGAUUUCUGGGGAUUGGAAAUUGCCACCACUUGUACAAAAUGAUUGUCAAAAGUGGGUUCACCCAGUUCUUCAGGGUAUGAAAGAGAAACUGAACAAAGUGAAAGACAAAUUAAGUGACAAGGAAAUUUAUGCAUGGCAUGAACACACAAAGUUUAUGAACAUUGCAGGCAAUGUAAUAUCAAAUGUUAAACAGAUUAUACGCCCAGAACUUUGUACGCAAGCUUGGUGCAAGUUUUACGAAAUCCUGUCAUCAUAUCCUUUAAUAAACCAUGAAUCAUUGAAGUUGAAUACUGUUCAUCUAUGUGAAGCUCCUGGGGCCUUUGUCACAAGUUUGAAUCAUUAUCUUGUGUCAAAUGAGUAUAAAGGACUCUGGACUUGGUUAGGCAGCACUUUGAAUCCUUACUAUGAAGAGAAUCCACUGGGAAAAAUGAUUGAUGACGACCGCUUCAUCCGAGAGAGCUUUGAUUUCUGGUACUUUGGGAAGGACAACACAGGGAAUUUGAUGGAUUUUAAAAACUUGGAGGGCCUUCUUGACUUAGUCUCUACAAUGGGAGACAUUCACCUGGUGACUGCAGAUGGCUCCAUUGACUGCCAGGAUGAUCCUGGGGAACAGGAGCAGAUUGUGUCCUGUCUCCAUUACUGUGAGGCUCUGGCAGGGAUCUUGAUUCUCUCUACUGGUGGUCACAUGGUCAUUAAGAAAUUCACCAUGUUUGAAAGCCAAGCCAUUAGUCUAAUGUAUAUUCUGUGUUGUUUAUUCAAAGAGGUCUAUGUUUAUAAACCGGCAACAAGCAAAAGUGGAAACUCAGAAGUGUAUAUUGUAUGCUUGAAUUUUCAUGGACUUCAGGAAAGAAAAGAAGAGUUCAUUAAAUUCUGUAAACCAUUUUUUGAGAAUGGAAUCUCAGAAUUUCGAUUCCCAGAGAGUUGUCUGCCUCCUGAUUUUAUGUCUGAACACAUUAGAAUGUGUGAGGAGUUUACUGACAGACAGAUGGACACUAUAAAGUGCAACUUAGAUCACUAUCCCGGUAUGUCUGAGCAGUAUGGUCGCUGGAUCGAAACUGUCAAGGACGCCUGUGCUGAUAUAUACAUCAACACUUAUGAACUUCGCCCCAUACCAAUCAACUGCAGAAUGUUUCCUUUCAAAAAGAAAAAAAAGAAAUUGCAGACUUGGACUCAAACUAAGUGUUUUUCUGCAGAGGCUUUAGCAAAGGGUAGAAAGGGAACAUUCAAUGAUAGACAGAGGAUUAUGGGAGCAUCCCUACUGGACAGGAUUAAACAGAUCACUCCAUACAAAUUAGAAAAACAGAAUCUGUUUUCUUAUGAGCCAGAUUUGGAGCAUGUGAAGGACAUGGAAAAAUGGACGUUGUCACAUGGGAAACCAGUGGAGGAUGUUCAGAGUUCUUGUUUCUGUGCCGGAAACAUCAUACAGCAAAUGAAUCUUCUGCAGAAAUUUCAGCAAUGGACAGAGGAGGUAGAGGAUUUGGUCACUGAGGCUUUGUCUGUUUUGUACUCGGUCUGUAACAAACCGAUGUCACUAAACCUCAGUGAGGCACUACAGGGGCACAUAGAUCUACAGAAUGUCCAGCAAUUGGACUUUGUUAAAGAAAUUGUUGGUGGAUGCUUUUCCAGUGAGAGGACAGAACAGACUGAAGGACUUUGUCAUGUAAAGGGAGACUACUCAUCAAGUGAAGUAGACUCACAGGAUUACUUACUGAAGGAAGUCACUGCUUUACUACGGAAUAUUAAAAAGGGAAGUUCAGUGGUGUGGAUAUUUUCUACCUGUCUCCUGCGAUGGACUGCAGGAGUUGUCUAUCUUUUAUCACAAUGUUUUCAAAAGGUGCUAAUCAUCCCCUCCCCCUCUUCAUCACUGACUCAAGCCCUGGUGUGCAUUCAAUACAGUUCAAGCUCAUCUCCCAUUUUGACCCACUUGGAAGCUGUUGCAGAACUGAGAACAAAAGAAGACACAUUACUGGAAACAGUCCCCAUUCAAGUUUUAGUGAAUGAUGAGGAGUUUUCUUAUUUUUUAAGAAGCUGCAAUGAAUAUGUGAUCAAACGCUUCAUCAAUGAAUCCCUACAGAAAAUACUAGCUACAGCAAGUGAAUGACAAAAGUUUAAGAGCAAACAAGGCAUGUUUAUGGAAUUCAUGUGCCAGCAAUUCAUUUUUUAAUAUGUUAACUGGAAAGCCAUGGACAACAAACUACAUGUACAUGUAUGUUUAAUAUACAGAAGAGAAGAUUCCAAAAAUAUUUUUGGAUUUUUUAAUUCAAAAAGGAUUUGAUAUACCAUCAAUAAAUCAUUUUGAAAAA